AUGACUGAAAACUUUUAACUUCACUAAGAACCUUUCCCAAUGGAGGAAGAUGAGCAUGCUAACAUCUUCAAAAACACCUCAUAUUUGCUGUCUCUGGCUGAUGACAUUAGCCUAAUUGAGCCUCAGCCAUCAGCACUCUACAAGAAUCAGCUUCUCGCUAAUACUGACUUGGUUGAGUCCCCUAAAAACUAUAUGUGGACUAGACAAGAUCCAUUACACAUAGACGAGAAUAACCAUUAUUUGAAUCAGGAUGCAAUAGAAAAAAACUCUGAUAUAUCUAUGAAUCAGAGUUAUAACCCCAAAGUUUCAAUGAUUUCUACUACAUCUCAAAGUGACGAUGUCUCUCAAACAACGAGUCAAUUUAACGCUACUUUUGACAAGGACUCUAGCCUAGAGCAAAUCAAAGUAUCAACUAAGCAUCAGAAGGAAAUAUUCUUCGUGGGCUCUCACUAGUAAUCUGGUGAGGCUGCCAAUGCAAAGAAGGCUAUUAGUAAGAGGAUGAAAAAACAAGAAUCAAAAGUCAAACUUGAAAAUAAGGAAUAAGCGAAAACUCUUAUAGAGACCAGCAUUAAAUCACAGAAUGAGAGUUCUCACAACAAUUCCAAUUCACAUCAGUCAGUGGUCUCAAACAGUAAGGACACAAUGAGUUGUGACAAUACAUUCGAGAUGGUGGCAAAGCUUACCAAGAAGAAGCAAAAAUAUCUUUAGGAGGUAAUUUAGGACAAAAACGGCACAUUUAAAUAUAUUGACGAUCCUAUUGAGUACAAGAGAGCCAGGAAGAGAAAGCUCAACAGAGAAAGCGCAGUCCGCAGCAGACAGAGAAAGAACUGCUACUAGGAAGACCUUGAGCAGAAAUUUGAAAGAUUGUCUAAAAUGACUAAGGAACUAAGCGAUUAAAACACCAAUUUGCACACGUAGAAUAUACUAUUGCAGAAGCAACUAGCAUAUUUUGAGGACGUAUUCGCUAAGUCUCAGCUUAUCGGCUAUGAUAAUUUCACAUAAGUAGGAAUCAAGAAAAAUGAACUAGAUGAGUUUAAGAGAAAUCUUAUCAAUAAGAUCAAUGCUACCCUCUCAGACCACGAACAAGAAAUGUUGGAUGAUAACUAUUCAUUCGAGAAUAUUCCAGGCUCAGUUCCCUAGAAAAGAACAAAGAAGAAUGAAAUAGGUGAAUUUAACCUAGCUUCUCAGACUUCUCCUAUUUCCUCUGGAAUCAGGACUCUAAGACUUGCAAGAAUGAGAAACAGUCAUUUAAACAGUGGAUUCUAAGGGUAAGGCUUUAUGUUCCUUGCUGUGAUGUUCUGCAUGAUGUGCUGCUCAUCUCUAAUGAUGAGUCCUUCAAGCACCCUCAAACUUGUAAAUAUGACUUAAAACUCCAUAGCUAAGUCGAUUACUAAUUUCGACGGCAGGAAGCUACUAUUCUUUAGCCCUUAGAUUAAUCAAGUCUAAAAAACUCUCAACUCUAAAGUUGAUGAUGAAGAUGUCAAGAUGGAGGAAGAGUCAGAUCAAAGCCAAAAGUUAGGGGUGAUCAAGUAUACUGAAAAGAUACUUAGUGGGGAAUAUACGUACCUCACCUAUAUGAUCAUGUCUACGACAUGCUUCUUCUUCUGGAUGACUCCUAACUAUCACAAGAUCAAGUCUAUGUUCAAGUCAUUCAGUGGUGCCCAAAAGACCGCUGCUGGAUAAAAAGCCAAGCUAUUAUCUUAAAAGUCAAGUAUGGUCACCAGAUCAAGAGCCAAGAACUCUAAUCAAUGA